UUCCAGCGAGCUUCACCUAACGCCCAUCAUGUGAAUGUUGGAUCCAGUGAAACGUGUUUGGAAAGAAAAUAAUUCCGGCUUUCUUCUCAAUAUUACAAUGAAAACACGACGAAAUCAGAUAUUUCGAGAGGUGUAUUUAAAAAAGCUUUUGAAGAAAGAAGCGUUUUUCCUUCUAGCUUCACAAGAACGGAAAUGAUCCACAUCGAUUCACAUCUGCCAAACUGCUACAGUACUUAUGCAGCCCUUACGAUUUACAGGAAGUCUGCCAGUCUGAGAAACCAGUCAACUGCGUUGUGACCUCCUCUGUGUGAGGAGGACUUCUGAUGAGGACUUCUGGCUUUUUAAUAAUCUUUUACUCUCUUGAGCUACAUGAGAUCUAUUCAUUGUGUGUGCUGUGCACAAACCAAAAGAAGACCAAAUGAAAAAUAAAGAGCUAUCUAGAAAAUAGGUGUGAGGGCACAACAAAAUAGUGUAAUGGAAUCCUCUUUAAAAUUUUGCAGCUUUAUCAAGUUGGAAUUUAUCCAGUGUGAGAGUAACUGAAAUAACAGUUGUAUUUUGUGGUGGAGAUUUCUACCUUAGCUUGAAAAUCUAUAGAGACAAAAAAUCAUCCUGUUUCAGUGAAACUGAUAAUGAUUCAUUUCCACAAACUGCAGAUUGUACAGGCCAACCAUGAUGCAGUGCAGUGAUAAAGUCAAUAUAAUAAACCCGGUCACAGGAGUUUAUUAGUAGAAUAAUAUGAGUGAACAGAUACAGCCUUUUGCUUGGCACGUAUCAACAUUUCUCAGUUGUGUAGAAUUUCAUGUGACUUUUCAUUAAGAAAAGGUGAAAAUACCAAAAGCGAAAGGUCCUUAUGACUGACAACUGGUAAGAGCCCUGAUAAAAGUCGCGAAUGGCAGAACAGUUUUCUUCAGCCAUUUUUGUCAUGCUUGCACCAGACAACAUCAGUCACUUAUAACCAGACCAUUUCAAUCAAGUGUUAUUAGGUCUAGCAACAGAGCCAUGUGGUAUUGAAGGGAGCCACCUGGAUAUUUUGAAUGGAUCAAUAAGAAGAGAUUCAGUGUUCCUUUUAUGUACACUAAGAAGGUUAUUCUUUUGUAUUCAGCUCUUACAGUAUGUUGUAUCUGAAGCUGGAAAAAAUGAUCAAGUGGACAUUCAAAAUUUCAAGGAGUCCCCUUAUGAUGGUGAUGGGGCUUUCUGCCAAAGGGCUAGAUGAUUUAACGGUACUUUUUAAAAUUUCCCUAACAAGUUAGAAUCAGCACUCGAAUUCGAAGAACCUCUGUUGAAUGUUUUCAAGUCCUCAAGCCUAGAUUUCUUAUCCUCUAAGGUAAGGACUAUACUCACCAAGAGAAACUCCCGCCUACAGCUUUUACAUGAUGAAUUUCACACCCCAGAUGUUAACCUUUUGGCUGGAGGCCUCCAAUGUCUCCAGGCACCAGUUUAUUCAGGAGUUUGGGCUCAGUCCACUGGUGUAUGUGCCCCGGCUGCCUUCUGCACUUCAGCCUAUCUUUAGCAUCCUCUAUGUACUGAUUUUCAUUCUGGCACUGGCCGGAAACACAGCUGUGCUGUUCCUGCUUUGUCGGAGGAAGGCUCUUCAGGCUCCCAGCACGUUCUUUGUCUGCUCACUGGCCCUAAGCGAUCUCCUGAUCUCCAUUUUCUGUGUCCCAGCUACCCUCCUGCAGCACUUCUUCACAAACUGGCUUGCAGGAGAGUUUCUGUGCAAGCUGGUUGCAUUUCUCCAGGUGACUGCCAUCUCAGCUAGCAUCUUCACCAUGAUCUGCAUAGCAGCAGAGAGAUUCCAGGGCAUCUUGUACCCACUGCAGUUGCAGAAUGGUUACUUCCCUAGUCAUGCCAUCAAGAUGCUGGCUGGUGUCUGGCUGGCAGCUCUGGUUAUUGCAUGCCCUAUGUGGUAUGCCCACAAAGUGGAGGUGAAGUACGACUUCCUGUUUGAUGUGCACUACACCUGCUGCCAGGAGAUAUGGCCUCAUACUUGGCAACGACAAGCAUACACUACAUUCUUGUUGUUGCUGGUGUUCCUGGUUCCCAUGGUUACUAUGAGUGUGCUAUAUGGCAAAAUCAUGCGGGAACUGUGGGGCAAACAUCGUGUCCAUGAUGUCAUGUUUCAGACACUACCUGGCUCAGAGAUAAACAAGAUCACCAGGAAGAAGAGACGUGCUGUAAAAAUGAUGGCCACGGUAGUUCUUCUCUUUGCUGUCUGCUGGGCUCCUUUUCAUCUGGUUUCCGUGCUCUAUGACUAUGGAAAGCUGAGUCUCGACCCAGAUCAGGAGUUUUUGGUCUUCACCACAGUCCAGAUCCUGGGAUUCGGCAACUCCAUCUGCAACCCCGUGGUAUACGCUGUCCUCAACAAAAACUUCAAGAAGGGCCUCCUGGCCAUCUUCCUCCAGAGGGGCAGGCCGCGCUGGCUGGCGGGGAGGCUGGGAGACCGGGCCCGUGUGGGAGUCUCGGCCAUAGACUCACUCCACCUCCGGGACCGCAGUGAGCACAGCCUGCUGGGAGCUGGUGCGCACCAGUGGAGCAGGGUGGCCUGGGAGUCAGAGCUGCACACCUUGAACCCUUUCCCUCAGGUCCACCUCUUCCAAGGCAUUUCCAAAAAGCACAGCAGCCCCCUGCUUCUCAGUGUCACAGAUCCCCUGCAUGUCAGCACAUCCUCUAGCUAAACCCUGUCCCAGAAGAAACAGAAGGAUGUGGAGUAAUCACGGCAAUCAGGAGGUGGUGAGAGGUAAUCUGGUUGCAGCUCUUUAAGCAUAAAUACAAAUGAUUUCGGUAUCAUUUCAAUUUUGAAGAUGAGAGUAAUUGUAAUGUACAGUACCUAUUAGCCACUCAAGUGGUUAAAGUAUGUGCUUUGUGAUCGGAAGCCCAGGAUUUCAGUUCCUUUUAAAUCAGGGCAAGGUCUUAUACACCUGAUGGCUUCUUGCUUGAUGCUGUGCUUGAGUAACAGGACUAGGGGUAACGCUUGCCGUGAAGGCAAGGCCCUUUGUCUUUUGAGCCUUUCUUCUCUGCAGGCUACAAGGCCUGAUAUCUAAUGACUGUGCACGAGACUCGCCCAGUGUUUCUCAACUGUGAGAAAGUUAUCUUUACCAACACGAGAUUCUCACUUGUACAGUACAGAGCGUGGCUUCUUGUCUCAUGUAUACAUCGAAGGUACGAGAGGACACUUUGGUUGUUUGGUAACUCCACAAAACAAAGUAAUUCACUUUUAAAUGUUUUUCCUCUUUACUCUUUCCACAAUUUCGCGGUACUGCUGUUCAUGUCUGAAGUCACGUGUGCCUGAAGAAGGCUCCACGGCCGAAAACGCUGUGUUUUCUUUCUUCUCUUUUUAGCACCUAUUACUUGUUCCUAAAAAGGCAUAUAUUGCUUUAAACUUGUUCUUCAGAGAAUAUAACCUAUUUCAGCCGUGUAAGUCUGUGAUUUCAUUUCCUGAAAUACACUUGGGAAAACAGAUCUAAAAGUAAGACUCGUGUCGAUUGUGCACACUUCAGAAGAAAAUACUCAAAAAUGAUCUAUAACACCAUCGGUAGUACAUUUUCCAGUAUCCUGGAUUAUUGAGUUGCACAAUGUCAAGAACAUUUUCAUGCCUCAAAGCGAGCUCUUCACAAGCUGCUAUGGCUAAUAAUCUUAGAAGUCAAUGAGUCAGUUACUGGCAGGCUGCCUCUGGUAUGCUAUAAUUAGUCACAUGUAACUCAGAACCUCCACUUUUUUCAGGUCUAAACAGCCUUUUUUUCAAACUGAGACAUUAGUAUUCUUUAUCUAAUAGGACUUGUUUGGAAAUAACACUCCAAUUUCCUGUGAUAUAUGAAUUUGUUCAUUGGCACACAGUUUACCAUUAUUGGCUGUUAUUUGCUUUUUCAUUUUUCUGUUUCCUGAAAGCCUGUUUCUAAUGCCAUAUCUUGGCAUUUCUUUUUCAAACAGCCUUUUUCAAAAAGAGCUCUUCUUGUGUCAGUGUCACACACAGUAUCAUUUUGCCUUUGUCUAGAUGUACAGUAGAUUUGACUAAACUGCCACUAAUAUAGUCUACUAUGCAGUAGACUAUAUUGUUAAACCAAAAGAGUGCAAUUUUCUGGGACAGCUCUAUAAUUGGCAGAGUACAUAUGUAGAAUAUUAAGUGUGAUUUAUAUAAGGGAAAGUAUUGUAUAUUUAGUGUACUGGAAAUAUUUGUUUUAAUGUGGUUCAUAUGUAAA